UUGAUUCUCUCUCUCUCUCUCUCUCUCUCUCUCUCUCUCUCUCUCUCAUGUACCGUUGGCUCGUCAACGGAUUGCCACGUCACAUGCUCAUACAAUUACGGAUUUACCCCGGAAACUGGAUAAGGCCCUCCCUUAUUGGACCAUUAUUGGGUUUCAGUAUUUGUCGGCCUAUUGAACGCGGCCCAUUUAGGCCCAUAUUCAUCCGAAGCGAGGGUGUAUGUAAUUAGUAUAAUACACCCAGUGGUGGCGCCAUCUAAGAACAGCAUUGCGAUGCAAUUUGAACAAAUUGCAUAAGCGAUCAAAUUGGGUUCAACGGAGUGCGUCAUUUUGCUUGAUCGAUAUCGUAGAACAUCGAGCUGAAUCCAGUAAGAGGUUUCUCCGGUCAAUUUCCGGCGAUACCUGGAUCUGAAGAUACCGUGUUUUUUUAGUAAUCGUCGUCAAUGGUACUCUUUGGUUGAAGUCUCGAACCGACGGCGUCUCUUGAUUGUUUCUCGUGAAUGGUGAUAUAGGAGAUCCGGGGAUAAAGAUUUUUUGGUGGGUUGGCUUUCGUUGGUGUUGAUUAGACGAUUUGUGGAGAGGGGUUAUUUCUGGGGUUUUCGAAGAGAGAAGGAAAACGGAGGGUUUUCGGGUGAGGAAUGGGUCGGACUUCGAAGAAGAAGAAGAAGCGAGGAGGGAGUGGAAGAAGGGGUCAGCUGAAGGACCAUGGAUCAAAUGCUGAUGAAGAGAACGAGCUUCUCUCUGAGGAGAUCACUGCUCUCUCAGCUAUAUUUCAGGAGGACUGCCAAAUUGUCUCAGGUUCACGUUCACCUCCUCAAGUAGUAAUAAAACUCAGGCCUUACUCAAAGGAUAUGGGUUUCGAGGAUAUUGAUAUCUCUGCAGUGCUUGUAGUUAGAUGCUUACCAGGAUAUCCUUACAAGUGCCCAAAGUUGCAGAUUACUCCAGAAAAAGGGCUGACAACAGUUGAUGCUGAUAAACUUCUAUCUCUCCUUCUGGACCAGGCAAACUCGAAUGCUCGAGAAGGGCGGGUUAUGAUCUUCAACUUGGUGGAGGCUGCUCAAGAGUUUUUGUCUGAAAUUGUUCCAGCUUUUCAAGCUGAGGAAUCCGUUUCAUCCUUGACUACACAUAGCAAUACUAAGCUCAUUGAGGAUGUUAUGGUUUCAAGCAAAGCAAAAUGCUCUUCUCCUGGACCUUUUGUAUAUGGUUUCAUAGACCUCUUUAGUGGCUUGGGAGAUUUGCAGAACUGGAGUCUGGGUACAGAUGAAAACAUGGGCAUAGUUUCUUCAGGGAAAUCCCAUUCGACAAGUGGUUUGAAAAUUUUGCAUGAGAAACCUGAAAAAGAUCUGGACAAAAAUGUGGGGCAAUUUAAAGACCAGGGGAAAAAACAAGUUGCUUUUCCUUCUCCUGUCCCCAUGCGAAAUACUCUUCAGGCAUCCAGCACUUCCUCUGAUUCAAGUAGUUCUUUCGAAGAAAUGGAAUCUAGAUAUAUCCAGAAAGAGAAGCAGGAAUCUAAUUCACAUGAAGACACAUCUGAAGGUGACCACAGCAAUUAUGAAACUGGGUCUUCGGAGUCCUCCUGGUCUUCCUUGUCCUUAACCCGAGAUCAAACGCCUCAAAUCAACAAGAAGGAUCUAUUAAUGGUCCAUCUGCUUCGACUUGCCUGUUCAUCCAAGGAGCCUUUGGCUGAUGCAUUGCCUCAAAUAACCGAUGAACUGCACAAGCUCGGUAUGCUGUCGGAAGGAGUGCUUGGUUUAGCUUCAAAAUCAUCUCCAGUAUUCAAUAAAACUUUUGAACACAUAUUCCAUCAAGACAUGGCCUCCAGUAGAGUUCCUCUAUUUUGGGAGCCAGCUUCGGAUUUUGGUGGGCCAAUUACUUCACUCCCAAGCUCACGAUAUCUCAAUGAUUUUGAAGAGUUAAAACCCCUUGGCCAUGGUGGUUUUGGUCAUGUUGUAUUGUGCAAAAAUAAACUGGAUGGAAGACAAUAUGCAGUGAAGAAAAUUCGACUGAAGGACAAAGAUAUUCCCGUCAAUAACCGGAUACUGAGAGAAGUAGCAACACUUUCCCGGUUGCAGCAUCAGCAUGUUGUACGUUACUAUCAGGCCUGGUUUGAAACAGGAGCUGCAAGUUCUUAUUCUGGUGCAAAUUGGGGUUCAAGAACCGCUGGCAGUUCCAUGUUCAGCUACUCGGGUGCAGUGUCAACGGAAAUUCCUGGACAGGAUAAUGCGCUUGAGUCUACUUAUCUAUAUAUUCAAAUGGAGUAUUGUCCCAGGACUCUCCGCCAGGUUUUUGAAUCAUAUAAUCACUUUGACAAGGAUUUUGCGUGGCAUUUAUUUCGCCAAAUUGUGGAAGGUCUAGCUCAUAUCCAUGGACAAGGGAUUAUUCAUCGGGAUUUAACACCAAACAAUAUUUUCUUUGAUGCCCGGAAUGAUAUCAAAAUUGGGGAUUUCGGUCUUGCAAAGUUCUUGAAGCUGGAACAGUUGGAUCAAGAUGGUGGAUUUUCUAUCGAUCCUGUUGGAAAUGAAGCCGAAAGGACCGGUGAAGUUGGUACUUACUUUUAUACAGCCCCAGAAAUUGAGCAAGGAUGGCCUAAGAUUGAUGAAAAGGCUGACAUGUAUAGCUUAGGAGUUGUGUUCUUUGAGCUUUGGCACCCUUUUGGAACAGCUAUGGAGAGGCAUGUUAUAUUAUCUAAUCUGAAACUGAAAGGGGAAAUUCCUGCUAAAUGGGUAAAUGAAUUUCCAGAACAGGCAUCUUUGUUAAAGCGCUUGAUGUCUUUAAGUCCGUCCGAUCGUCCCUCAGCCACUGAACUUCUUCAGCAUGUCUUUCCACCUAGGAUGGAAUCUGAGUUACUGGAUAGUAUUCUGAAAAUGAUGCAGACGUCUGAAGAGUCAAGUGUCUACGAUAAAGUAGUCAAUGCAAUCUUUGAUGAAGAAAUAUUAGAGAUGAAAGGUCACCAGUCCAAUAGAUUGAUCUGUACAAAUGAUACUUAUUCUGUUCAGUACACAGAGAUGGAUACUGAGCUUCGUGAUUAUGUUAUUGAAAUUGCAAAGGAAGUCUUUAGGCAACACUGUGCCAAGCACCUAGAAGUAAUUCCAAUGCGUUUGCUUGGCGAUUGCCCCCAGUUUAGCAGGACUACUGUGAAGCUUUUGACCAGUGGAGGAGAUAUGCUUGAACUAUGCUAUGAGUUACGGCUGCCUUUUGUGCAUUGGAUCAUUGUAAAUCAGGAAUCUUCAUUCAAGCGAUAUGAAGUGUCUCCUGUCUACAGGAGAGCAAUAGGUCACUCUCCCCCAAAUCCUUAUCUUCAGGCAGACUUUGACAUUGUUGGAGGUACAGCACCCUUGACAGAGGCAGAAGUUCUCAAGGUGAUAGUGGACAUCAUGGAGCGCAUCUAUCAUCGAGGCUCUUGUAACAUUCAUUUAAAUCACGGAGACCUGCUGGAUGCAAUUUGGUCGUGGACAGGAAUUAAGGCAGAGCAAAGGCCGAAGGUUGCAGAGCUUCUCUCCAUGAUGGGCUCCCUGCCUCCUCAGUCAUCUGAGCGCAAGUCAAAAUGGGUUCUCAUAAGGCGUCAACUUUUGCAGGGCCUGAAUUUACCCGAGGCUGUUGUCAAUAGGCUGCAGACAGUUGGUUUAAGGUUUUGUGGAGUUGCAGAUCAAGCACUUCCUCGUUUAAGAGGGGCUCUGCUUGCUGAUAAACCUACACGGAAAGCACUUGAUGAGUUGUCAAAACUCUUAAGCUACUUGAGAGUCUGGAGAAUAGAAGAACAUGUUUACAUAGAUCCGUUGAUGCCACCUGCUGAGAGUUAUCAUCGAAAUUUGUUUUUCCAGGUCUUCUUAACCAAAGAAAAUAGCUCAGGGUCGUAUAAUGAUGGAAUUCUGCUUGCUGUUGGUGGUCGUUAUGAUUAUUUGCUUCAUCAGAUGUGUGAUCGUGAAUAUAAAAUGAAUCUACCCGGUGGUGUUGGCGUCAGCCUGGCACUGGAGACAAUAUUUCAGCACCUUCCCAUGGAUUUAAGACCCUUUAGAAAUGAAGGCAACACUAGCGUACUUAUUUGUUCAAGAGGAGGUGGGGGUUUACUGGUUGAGCGCAUGGAACUGGCUGCUGAACUUUGGGAGAAAAAUAUAAAGGCUGAAUUUGUUCCUACACCGGAUCCAAGUCUUACAGAGCAGUACGAAUAUGCAAGCGAACACGAAAUCAAAUGUCUUGUAAUAAUCACAGACUCAGGUGUGUCCCAAGGAGGAUUCGUCAAGGUUCGACACCUCGAACUGAAGAGGGUGAAAGAGGUACAGAGAGAAGACCUUGUCAAAUUUCUGCUGGACGCGAUGGCUGCUCAAUUUAGAAACCCCUUGGUUUGGAGCUAGAAUCAAGUAACUGCCUUCCCCCAAAUGGGAAUCUCCUCAAAAUUUUGCGUCAUGAAGUUUAGACAUUUCACGAUGUAUGUACCUAUGUAUACGUGUGUAUAUCCGUGUUCAUUGGAGCUAAUAUCUGUCUUCAUGUUGUCAAUUUUUUGAAUGUCAAACGAGAUAUUAAUUAUUGUUAUGUAUUAGUAAAACAUUUUAGCCAAAACAAGGCCCUUAUAGCUCA